CUUCUUCUUCAAUCAACCGCGGUCGACAACUACAGACAGAGACAUGGAGCGUGCGGCGGCGGCGGAGACGGCGCUGCUGCGCGAGAAAGCGAGUCUGCUGCGGGAGUCGAUGCGUAGGAGCGAGGCGGUGCGCGAGGGGUCGGCCGCGGCGGUCGACUCCAUCGGCCGCCGCAUGGCCGCCGUCGACGAGGCCGUGCGCCCCGCCCAGGCGAGGACGUGGAGCGCGUACAGUGCCCACGACAACGUCGCCAGGAGCCUCCGCGCCGUGGAGGCCGUCGUGCGGCACCUCGACGCCGUGCGCGAGGCAGAGUCAGUGAUAUUGGAAAGUGCGAGCAAGGGUCUUACUGGCUAUCUCGACACGGUUGAUAAAUUAAAAAGUGCUGAGGACUUCUUCACUUCAAAUAGAAUCGGUAAAGCCGGUGACGACGCGCUCAAACGUGUCGAUGAAUUGCUUCACAAGGCAGCUGCUGAGUUGGAGAAUGAAUUCAGUAGGGUGCUAUCAGAAUGCAGCAAACCGGUAGAGCUUGAGCAACUUCUCAAAUGUCUUCCAAGCCGUUCAUCAGCGAAAGAUUCUGCUGAAAGUCAGCCAAAUCCGGGUGCCGUGCUCUCUCUUCCUACGCUCAUUGAGCCACGCUACGUGCCUCGGCUCUCAAAGUUAGCUCAGAAAUCACUCCAACUUGGUUGCCAUAAACAGUUUGUGAAAAUAUACAGGUGCAAGCUUCUACAAGUUUCAAAUUGCCUGACAUACUUGCAGUGCAGUGUUACCAUUAUAUUUCAUGAUUUGCUUGCCCAUGACAUUUUCCUUCAUUCUUCCAGAGAUACUCGCAGUUCAACUUUGGAACUGACCCUUAAGCAGUUGGGAGUUGAAUAUGUUACGGCAGAAGAAGUACAGACUGCGCAGGCUGAGAGCCGGAACGCUAAAAUUACUCACUGGAUCCGAUGUUUGCAGAUUGCGGUAAAAUUGCUUUUUCCUAGUGAACGCGCACUGUGUGAUCAAAUUUUUGAAGGGAAGCAUGCAUGGAAAGACCAUUGCUUUGCUGCAGCAACAUCCAAAAGCCUCUUGAAUCUACUCAGCUUCGGACAAGCUAUUUCUAAAUCUAAGACAUCACCAGACAAAGUAUUUUUGCUGCUAGAUAUGUUUGACCGAACAUUGGAACUUCAAUCUGAGGUUGAGGCAGUCUUUGCAGGAGAUGAAUGCGCUGAAAACCGGAAAUCUGCAAGUACUUUGGUCAAAUGUUUAGCACAAGCAGCAAAAAAGACUCUCAUUGACUUCAAAGACAGCAUUGUGAAGGAGUCGCCUAAGAAUACGAGUACUGAUGGAGAUGUGCAUCCUCUUACCAGCUAUGUUGGAAACUAUAUCAAAUAUCUUAUGGACUAUCUGUCAUCACUAAAGCUGAUCUUUCAAGAAUCCAGCAAUGGAGACGGAACAAAGUCUGGUCUGGUCUCUGAAAUCUCUGGCAUUAUACAUGCCGUAGAGACCAACCUAGAUGUAAAAGCAAAGCAAUGCAAGGAUCAUGCCCUGGGAAUUCUGUUCUUAAUGAAUAACAUCAACUAUAUCGUCAGAUCUAUCCGCAGUUCAGAAGCCAAGGAUUUAGUUGGUGAUGAUUGGAUUCAAAGACGCCGAAGGACUGUGCAGCAACAUGCUACUCAGUACAAAAGAGUUGCUUGGGGAAAGGUAUUGGAUUGUCUCUCAGCUCAAGGUUUAACUUCAUCAGUAGGUUCUGCUACAGAAGGUAUUGCAGGAAGUGUUGGAAGUAUCGGAUCUCACAGCAGUACAACUUCCACAUCUGUGAUCAAGGCGAGAUUCAAGUCUUUCAACAAGCAAUUUGAAGAGGUUUGUCAGACUCAGAUGAACUGGGCUAUUCCCGAUAACGAGUUACGCGAUAAUCUUAUCCUUGCGGUUGCUGAAAUUCUGUUACCUGCUUAUAGAUCUUUCCUGAAACGCUUUGGGCCUCUUGUCGAGAACAGCCAUCAUGCUUCGAAAUAUAUGAAGUACACUCCAGAAGCACUUGAACAAACACUUGGUAAUCUAUUUGCAAAGAAGAUACCGGUGAACUGGGACACUGAUUGCACCAAGCAUUCUAAUUAAUGGAAGGUUCAAACUCUGUGGAUCUCAUAAUAGGAACUAGGGGGAUAUAUUGCCGUGGCCUCGGUUGGUCAGGGAGUCAUUUUCUAUGCUGUUGAGUUGAGCAGGUCAUCAACCUAUCGGAGCCAACCAAAUCUCAAUCCAGCAUUAUCGUAAGGCUUCCUGUGCUCCAGCAUGCGUGCUGCAGGGAGCGUCACAUAUAAUCUGCACUUAAUUCUGGAUCUAGACGUUGACAGCAGAGCUAUGAAAAUCAGUGUGUGGGUCUAGCAACGCAUGAUGUUUUUGGUUGUACUCAGAGAGUAGAUAUCAGAUAGGGAUUUGCUGGAAAAAAGGCGAUAGAUAUCUUUCUGGUCGUUUCGUGGUAAUAUCGUCACAGCUAAUGGACUAGGUCAUAGAGCUAUCAUGGGAACAUAGUUUUUUUUUUUUGUUUUCUUGCAAUGGUAGAACUUAUUCUUAUUCUUUGGGAGAAUAUUGUCUCUUCCUGUUUAAUAAACUUGGUUUCGGUGGUA